AUGAGUAAUAAUAAUUAUUCACAAAAUAAUUUUAGUAAUAAUGAUGACUGCGAAUCAAUUCUUACUAAUAAAUUUAUUACUCAAGAGAGAGUAAUGAAUGAUACAUACGUGCCAGCAACAUACAGCAAUAACAUUAAUAAUGCUGAUCAGCAACCCAUUUCCAAUCAGCAAUAUGACGCUUUGAGCGACAUUUAUCAAAAUCAUCAGCAAUCCACGUCUAAUGGCAAUAAUAAUAUUACUAUUUCCCCUGAUCAUAAUCAUCAACAAUAUGACUCUUUUAACCAUAACCAGCAAUCCACUUCCAACUGCAUUUUUAACAAUAGUCAUUAUCAACAAUAUGAUUCAAAUAAUAUUUCUCGUCAUAAUUAUCAAAAGUUUUACCCGCAACAUAUUAAUCAAAAUUUACCACAGUCCAAUAUUUUUCAUAUUAAUUCUCCUCAGACAAACAUUAUUGUUAUACCAGCAACUAACUCAGAUAUUCAAAAUCACCAGCUUCAGCAGGUCUAUGCUUACUUAAAUCAUUCCUUUAACGUUAACAACUGA